CAGGGAUGGGACGGGAAGUGGUCGCUAUGUGAUAACGUCGUGGUGUGUCGGGUAAAGUUCCGGUAGUCGGUAUCAGCAGCCGGUCCCCGCCUGGGGACAUAGAGUCAGACGGAUUGUCCGUAACCACCAGCAAUCAUGCCUCGGUCCAUGGUGUACAAGACGAAAUACACAGCUCUGACCAACCAGGAGGUUUUAGCUCUACUGCAAAACCCGAGGGAUGAAAUGAUCUCUACAUUGCCAGCCCUCAGUCCCAAACACGGCGAUAUCUACCUGUACUCCUACAAAGGAAGGCCAGACGCCAAAAAAGACUGGAGAGCAGACCAGAUUCGAUGGGCGCACAUGGGGGUUCACUCCCUUCCUAAAAAAGAUCCCAAAAUCGUUAAAACGUAUCACCAGAAAAUACUCUGCGGGAAGCGGGAAAAGUUCUUCCGCUACGGAUACGAAAGCACGGACAAAAGAAUUGGCCUGGUCGUCGUGCAUUACUUGGGUUCAGACCGGGAAAGAGAAGGAGUGCAUGAUACACUGCAGAGUUUCCCGCAGUGUAGCGAUGAUCGCACCUUACCAACGUCGCUGGAGAAUGUGGAUGAACGGUUCGUCAAUGACCCAGGAGUCAGCUGCAGAGAGGAGCCUGUAGACAUGUCAGAUUUCCUCGUCAACAUGCAACUCCCUGAAAGCGUCGGCCAGCUUGCCCAUAAACUGAGCAGCGAAAAGGCCAAAAGCAAAUUGAUGCGUGACGAUAUUUAUGGGGUGUAUGAACUGCGCUUUGCCCUCGAUAACUUCAUACGCAAUUUUACUCUCCUGCCAGAACUGAUCAUCGUCGUUUCUCUUCCGAAAAUUGUAGAUUUAUAUAAUGAGGUCUGCAGCAUCAACCAGCAUCAGCUGCUCUCCUACGACACAACGUUCACAAUUGGAGAUUAUUACGUGUCCCCAAUUGUUUUCAAAUGUCCAUGGUUUAAAGGGCAGCCAUCCAUUCCUCUCGCUGCUAUGAUUUAUGAUAACGGAUCGGCUGAGGUCCACAAAACCUUUUUCAAUAUUCUGAAUGACCUCACAGUUAACUUUAACAACGCUGACAUUCGACUUGUGACCAGCCGGGAGGGUGCAAUCGCAAAUGCCCUCGACAGCGUUGUCCCAGAAAUUACACAUGUCCUCCGGUGGGAUCAUAUUUUGAAGGAAGUGGAAAGUUGGGUGUCGGGUCAUAAAUCUAGGGCUGAUAAGAUGGAUUACGUAUCCCAUGUCCGCCACCUUUUAGAGUCUGACUCUGAAAGUCUCUUCCACAAGCUUUACGAAGGCUACAGACAAGAAUGGAGCGAGCCCUUUGUCUUGUAUUUCGACGAGAACAUUAAAUCUGACCUCGUGUAUAAGAGUGGCCGAUGGUUACUAAACGAACUGAGGAUCUAUACCCCGGGCAGCGGGGUGGUCACAAAUGUAUCUGACAGCAUGAAUAUUGUUCUGAAGAAGCUAACGGCAUGGAAGGAAGUGAAUCUGGAACAGAUGGUCCUUGCGCUGUAUUUCUUGCAGACGUUUUACCUGAAGGAAGUCCUUAGAGGGCGAUGUGGUACAGGAAACUACCACUUGAGGAAACCAUAUGAACAUCUGGCAAUGGAUAGCGCAGAUAUUGCCUUCACCAAUGACUAUUUCUACCUGCCACCAGAUGACAUCAUUGCUUUCCUAGAGAACAAAUCCUGGACUCAAAAACAAAACGUAGAUGGUUGAACAAAGAGACAGCAGUUUGUAAAGCACAGACGGACUUGGUAGAAAUGUUCUAGUUAGGUGAUAUAAGGCCAUUUUCAUGCGUAGAUUUGCCUAGCAUGUGUUUGACGCUGGCAAAACUGCAUUUGAUUGGACCCAAUGUGGACCUGAACCUUACAAUCAGAAGCCACCCUAGGAUGGGUCCAGGGACAAAAGGUUUCUGCUCUCCCUCCUGCCAAGUGCAGGUCCUUAGGGGAAGUAUCCUACUAAAGUACUACCCUGUUGUGGGGUUGUCCGGAGGUGAACAACCCCCUUACAGCGGACCUGUCAUCUGCUCACUUUGUUAGCAGACAUUCUAUAUUCAUGAGACAGUAGCCAAGGACUCAGGUACUGGCUAUCCUUUAUUUAAGCUAUGGGUCCGCUUUAAGACAGGAAAGAGGAGCUAAAUGUUAUAUUACUGCAGUGACUGCAGUACUGCAAACCCACAUUUAUUAAUACAGCCUUAUGUUUAAUGGGGCACUAUCAUUCGAAUAAAAAUAGUGUUUUGUUUUUGUUUUUUUUAAACUAAACAUGUUUUUGUAUAUAAAAUAUAUAAGGUAGUGUCCUGUAUUUAUACAAAAUAAAAAAUGUUUUCAUUUAUUGAUUAGGAAAGCACAGCA